AACAUCUAUGGGUAUAAAGUAUACACACGCACUUUCAAAUUUCAAAUCAAUGAUUGAUGCAAAAUCUCUUCAAUUUUUAAUAAAAAAAGACAAAUCUUCAAUUAUUGACAAAAUUAAUUGGCCAGAGAAGUCUGAUCUUGAAAAAUUUCAGCUCAUUGAGUAACCCCAGAUUACCAGAAAUUCUGCUUAGUAGGGACCUAAACACAGAAACUUCUUCUCAGAGUCGGAGUGAGACUGCGCCUUAUGAGGAAAGGGGGUUAAAGGACGGAUCAAUUGUCGAAUCAACAGUUUAUAGAGACGAGAUUAAGAGGACAGAAUAACCGACAAAGAGAAUGGAAGUGGUUGAUAGCAAAGGUAUGGUUUGCGUAACUGGUGGAACAGGAUAUCUAGCAUCAUGGCUGAUAAUGAAGCUUCUUCAACAUGGCUACUCAGUAAAUUCUACCAUAAGGUCCACUCGAGGUCACAAAACAGACGUUAGCUACCUCACUAACUUGCCCGGUGCAUCCCAAAGGCUACGGAUAUUUAAUGCUGAUUUGGACAAACCAGAAAGCUUUAGUGCAGCUAUUGAAGGAUGCGUUGGAGUAUUUCACGUUGCUCAUCCAAUGAAUUUUGGAGAUCAAGAAAUUGAAGAUGAAAAAAUAAGAGAAGCUGUUGAUGGAACAUUGGGCAUUUUACGCGAAUGCCUCAAGUCAAAAACAGUAAGACGAGUUGUUUACACUUCCAGCAGAACAACACUUGUGUUUAAUGAUAAAGGUUUAGAUACAGUGGAUGAGAGCUCAUGGUCUGAUAUCAGUGUCAUGAAAACCUUAAAGCCUAUAUCCGCAGCUUCUUAUGUGAUUAGUAAGACUUUAGCUGAAAAGGCUGCUCUUGAAUUUGCUGAGAAGCAUGGGCUUGAUUUGGUGACUGUUAUUCCUAGUUGGAUACAUGGUCCCUUCUUGAGUCCUCGAUUCCCAGAGUCAUUAAGAUCAGCCAUGGCAAUGAUUUUUGGUAACCAGGACAAUUGCAUGAAGUAUCCCUCGCUUACCCCAUUCGUGCAUGUAGACGACGUUGCCAGUGCCCACAUAUUCCUUCUGGAGAAUAAUAAAGCAAAGGGGAGAUAUAUUUGCUCUGCCGUAGAAGUUACACCAGAUGAGCUCUUUAAGUUCCUUUCAACAAGGUAUCCUGAAUAUCAAAUACCUGAUGCCGAUUCCUUGAGGGAGAUUGGAGGGCUUAAACACCCUAGCCUUUCAUCAAAGAAACUUUUGGACACUGGAUUCAAGUACAAGUAUGGCCUUGAGGAAAUGUUUGAUGGUGCAAUUGAAUGUUGCAAACAAAAGGGUAUACUCUAGUUCAGGUUCAAAUCUCAGUGGAAGGCAAAAACGCUAGGUGAAGUCUUCCUAUCUGUCGAUGUCUUGGUGAACAAAGUUAAUACGUCUUGUGGGAGGUAGCAGGUAUCCCGUGGAAUUAGUCAAGGUGGCUAGUACACUUAACAAAAUUGUUCAUAUUUCGUGUACUCUAGUUCAGGUUCAAAUCUCAGCGGAAGGCAAAAAAACUAGGUGAUGUCUUGCUGUAUAUCCAAGCCUUAGUGCAUAGAGUUAUCCGGUAUCAUGGGAGGUAGUAGAUAUCCCGUGUUGAAGAUGGAAGGGUUAAGAAACUUUGAUUGGAUUGUAGAGAAUUAAACCACCUCCAUUUUGGGUUUUUCAUGAUUGGUGAAAUUAAAAAUCAUUGUUUUAGCUUCUUCCUUGAAGCAUUUUUUGAAUUAAUGUAAAGUAUUAAGCAUUACAUAUAAUGGAGAUGCUAUAAGAAACACUA